UGGAGGCAGAGCGCCGCUACUCCUCUUCCCCACACCAACAAGGAGAAGCAGAAAACAAGCAGCCCGAGGGUGUGUGCAUGAAUUCUCAUAUUUAAAAAAAAAAAAAAAAACGAUUUCUACGAUCUAGACCGAAUCGACGUUUAAAGGAUUUUUGAAGGAAAGUGCGAAAGACAGGCAGAACAUUAAACGGGUGCCCUGCGCACUACCGCAUCCUCCCUCUCCAUCUCUGUCUCAUCUCUCCUCCUUCUCUGCCUCUGCGCUUUUCCAAGACUCCCGGCUCUCCCAUCCAGACUAUCCCCAGUGACUGAUUACUUAUUGCGAGGCGUGAGUUGCCCUUCUUCUUCUUCUUUUGUCGGAGUUUGAACCACAUUUCCGAGCUGCUGGAAGUAUACCGCCAGAGCCUCUGAAAGCUGGCUGGACUCUGUAGCUUUCGCCUUCCCGAUACAAGCGGAUCAUCGAGGGGACCUUGCGCGGAGUCAAAGGGACUGGAAAUUAUUUAGCCCUCUCACAUCAACGUACCGCAUGGUGGGAAUUUCUGCCUCGUUUCAGUGGAGCUGGAAACGUGCGCUCUGUCUCCACUGACAGCCACCUCUCCACUUUAUCAUCGCCGAGCAGAUCAGAUCGGAACUGGGCCAAGUAACUCAGUGGUGGAUAAAUGGAAGGUGGCCAUCGCACUGGGAAGCACUCCACCAUGCCCGACUCACCUGCGGACGUCAAGACACAGUCCAGGUUGACCCCCCCUACCAUGCCGCCCCCUCCCAGCACGCAAGGUGCACCCCGUAACAGCUCCUACACCCCCACCACAUUAACCAAUGGCAGCAGCCACUCUCCUACAGCGCUCAACGGCGCUCCGUCUCCUCCAAAUGGCUACAGCAAUGGUCCUAGCUCCUCUUCCUCCUCCUCGCUGGCCAACCAGCAGCUGCCGCCGGCCUGCGGCGCCCGCCAGCUCAGCAAGCUCAAGCGAUUCCUCACCACUCUACAGCAGUUUGGCAACGACAUCUCACCUGAAAUCGGCGAGCGGGUCCGCACAUUAGUGCUAGGACUGGUGAAUUCCACGCUAACCAUCGAAGAAUUUCACUCCAAGCUCCAAGAAGCCACCAACUUCCCUCUGCGACCUUUCGUCAUACCCUUUCUGAAGGCAAAUCUGCCGCUCCUUCAGAGGGAGCUGCUGCACUGUGCCAGGCUAGCCAAGCAGAACCCAGCUCAGUACCUGGCCCAGCAUGAGCAGCUGCUCCUGGACACCAGCACCACCUCCCCAGUGGACUCCUCUGAACUCCUGCUGGACGUCAACGAGAACGGCAAGAGAAGGACGCCAGACAGAACCAAAGAGAACGGCUUCGAGCGAGACAGUGCCCUGCACCCAGAUGUUCACCCUAGCAAGCGGCCCUGCACCAUAAGCCCUGCCCAGCGCUUCAGCCCAUCCAAUGGGCUCUCCUACCAACCCAAUGGCCUGCCCCACCCGGGCCCCCUCCCUCCGCAGCACUACAGGCUGGAUGACAUGGCCAUUGCCCAUCACUACCGUGACACCUACAGACACCCCCCCUCCAAUCAUCGGGAGAUCCGGGAGAGAGCCAGGCCUAUUGGUAUGCAUACAGGGACCAGGCAGGAGGAAGUGAUUGACCACAGGCUGACAGACAGAGAGUGGGCUGAGGAGUGGAAGCACCUUGACCAUGUAAGAAAACUGCUGAACUGUAUCAUGGACAUGGUGGAGAAGACAAGACGCUCACUGACAGUACUGCGGCGGUGCCAGGAGGCUGACCGUGAGGAGCUCAACUACUGGAUCAGACGAUACAGUGACGCUGAAGAGCUGAAGAAGGGAGCUGCUAGUGGGCAGUCAAGGCAGCAGAGCCCGGCAGCACAGGAAAACGCAACACCAGAAAUCCACAGGGAGCUGUUGCACCGGCCUGUGUCUGGCUACGUCCCUGAAGAGAUCUGGAAGAAAGCUGGUACGGGAGGCUUGACUUCCUCUGUCUCCACACUCUUUCCAGAAGAGGCAGUGAAUGAGGUGAAGCGACAGGCCAUGUCAGAGCUGCAGAAGGCUGUGUCGGAGGCAGAGCGCAAGGCUCAUGAGAUGAUAAGCAGCGAGCGGGCCAAGAUGGAGCGUACGGUAGCCGAGGCCAAGCGGCAGGCGGCCGAGGACGCUCUCUCCAUAAUCAACCAACAGGAGGACUCCAGCGAGAGCUGCUGGAACUGUGGCCGCAAAGCCAGUGAGACGUGCAGCGGAUGCAACACAGCGCGCUACUGCGGCUCCUUCUGCCAGCAUAAAGACUGGGAGAAGCACCACCAUGUCUGUGGUCAGACCCUCCAGGCCCAGCAGCAGCAGGCCAGCCAGCAGCAAGGAAGCGUCCCAGGGUCAGAGACCCCUGCUCCCAUCAGCUCCUCUGCCUGCACCCCGAGCAGCGGAACUGGGAGCCCGGCUGCUACCCCGCCUGCUGCUACCCCUCGCUCCUCCACCCCCAGCACCCCAUCCUCCUCAGCCCUGGAUGGCACACCGCGCUAAGAGACUCACACAGAGGAUGGAGGCAAAAGUCUCUGGGGCUUAACAGCCAGCCCUCAACCCCACAAACAGCAUGACUGUCUACAUUGCCUUGCAAAGAUGCUAAGCUAACGUGGCUAACAGAAAAAGAUGGCAAUGCUUCUGUCUAUCUUGCAGUGUAGUCAUAGAAGGAGGAGGAGGAGGUCCAUAAUCAGGUCAUAUUGACUUGCCAUGACUUUAAAGAAACACAAAGAUAUUCUUUGUUUUGAAUGAAUGAAUUUAAAUAUUGACAUCCUUUUAUCGUUACACUUGCUAUUCUUGUUGUCUGUUUGUCGUCGUGCUUGUUGUUGUUAAUGUUGUUGUCAUUGUAGCUUAUCUUAUUUUUUUCCUGUAAAUAUUAAGAGACUGAGCAGAGAUAGCCGUGAACUCGAGUCAACUCAAGUAUAUCUGACCUCCCCUUUUUUAAUGUUUUUAAGUUUCCAUCCUUGAAUUAAUGCUUAUUUCCUCCCUGUACCUGGGACAUGAAACUAGUCAACCUCAUUUUACCAAACAGCUUACCAAGGGAAUAUGUCUAGCUAGCAGAACAAUGGAAGUCAUAAAUACUCUUUGUAAAGAAAGAUAUUAGAUUUAAACACAUUGAAAAACACACCGAUGGAUGGACUGAUAAACAAGUCUGUUGCCUGGAGAGAGGAGAGGUAUGGACUGAAUAUCUGGCCCGCAGACCGCCAUGAAAUGGGCAGAUGUGCAGCAGAUUGCAAGCAGAGCCAGCUGUUCAACCAAUGUUAUUUCGCUCUCACUUGUAAUAAUAUCCAGGUCAAUGGGCUGGGAAAUACAAAUCCGUCUCCCCGAAGGAUGUAAAAGGAAGAAUUCUUGGACAUGCUACAAAACUUUGCCCACUGCACAUGUGGAGGAUGUACUGACUACAAUUCGCACGUGCAUGCUUGGUGGGUCACAGAAGCUCUCAAACAAGGAAGUGAAGUCAUCACCCCACCAGUGAGACUGUCAAAUCACCAUGACAGCGGCCGCUGGGCCACUCAGAGCUGAGAACCUACAGAACUCAGUAGGAAGCUCAUUCUGCGCCCCAGACGCUCCCCUCCUGUCUCAACUCUGAAAAACAUUUUCAUCUUUCUUCAUGUUCUUAUUCUUUUUCUGUAGAUGUCAUGGUGUUUAAGACUUCUGUCCUGUGGUGUCAUCAAUGGUUAUUUAUUGUAUAUGUGUUGGACAAUUGUGACAAUGCAUAGUACUUCAACCAGUCACAACUCCAAGUCCUUCAUAACUCUCUCUCUCUCUCUCUCUCUCUCUCUCUCUCUCUCUCUCUCUCUCUCUAGCUGGUGCAAAAAGAGAUAAAAAAAAGAAGUGUUAUCUUUUUUUCCAAGCUGCUUUUCUAUUCUGUGUGUUAGUGGUAGAUCCCUCGUAGUUCUAUAAGUUUUACUUCCCUUUGUCCUCAAGAAAAAGACACAAGCUAUAUCUCAGAGCUGCUACUUGAGUCCGACCCAGAUCUUUUCUGAGAACUAGCAUGUUGCGCGGAAUGCUAACCUAAAUGUUUUGUACAAGGGACAUACAUAAAUGUAUUUGCACUGUCACAGAGGUUAUUUCGGCAUGCUUCUUUUCAGCAUACUUGUGUUGUUGGUAUAGAGCCAUAAUUCAUCAACCAUUUUGUAUGUAGUGAUAGCAUUAUCUGUUUUUACAUUAUUUAGGAUGGGGGGAGUUGGAAAAGUGUAAAAUCACCAAACCCACUUUUUUUUUUCUUCUUCUCAACAUGCUAACAAAAGCGGCCAUAACAUUUUUUUGGAAUAGUUACAGACAGUGCAUGCACAUUACUGAACGUUUGUUAAAUAUUUGUUAUUUUUUAGAAAAACUGAAAAACAACCAAAAAAAGUUAAAAAAAAUACAAAAAUAUUCUAACAAACUAACUUUCCAAAUGCAGAGGUGUAGACUCCGAUUGACAGCUUUAACACUGCAAAGCACCAGGUAACACACAGUAUUAACACAAGAGAUAAACAAAAAAAAAAAAACACCAAAAACAGCCAAAGACUGACACCAAGGACCAAAAUCCUGAUUUAAACAAUUUUCAAAAGAGGUUUGUUCACAUAAAUAUUGUGGUUUUAUUUAUUUCUGCAGGUUUUGUUCACACAUUCGUGGAACAAAAAACAACUUCAGUGUCAUAAAAGUCAUUUAUUUUUAAUCCUUUCUAGAAACCAACGGCACUCAUCUUACAUUGUGAAAUGAGAAGGUGUGACUUAAACAUAAUGAACAUUUCAUAGCAGUGUUACAUUUUAACUGGAGCAAUAAUAACUAAUGUGACAUGAACACUGAUGACUUCUUUAACCAUUUUUGAAGAAAAAGUUUUUGCGAUAUUUUUUGAUCUUGUUUGUACAUUUUCUCAUUGCACAAAUGUCCGAUUAAGUGCCCAUUUCAGCUUUAAGCAGUUAAGUUCUUUAUUCUUGAAGAGGUGAAUGUGAGACUGGGCUUUCACACCAAUGCCAUUUGCAGUUGUUUUAUAUUUAUUUAUAUUGAAUUAUGUCAUUUUUGCCGUUCAGAUAGAUAAUCAGUCACAGCUUUGUUGUAAACCUUCAACAGUAAAUCAAACAAACCUCUCAUUCGCAGUAAGAGAGCACUUACCCUGACGCACACAAAGGCUCUUCACCCCAAACACCUUGGUGCUACACAGAAGCGCGUUACAAAUUCUGACCUCAAGGAACAAGCGGAGGCCCUCAAAGGUUCUGGGCUGUUUGCUCCCUCUGUACUUCUUCAUCUCUCCCUUCUUGUCGAAAUAAAAUACACACCUGCAUUCUUGACUCUAAAGGGUUAAACGAUCCAAAAAGGUGUCUGACACCCUACUAGCAACUCCUCAGAAGCUGUGAAGAAACAGCCAAGCUGUUUUAACACUAGUGUAUUUGAAAGUAUACAACAAAUAACGUGUGUGUUCAUCACUAUCAGGGCAAAACCUGGGUUUAAAAAAAGGAGAAAAAAAAACCAAGACAAACAUUAUCACUCAAUGAUUCUUUGAGAAGCUCUAUUUUUUCUUUCUUCCCUCCUCUAUGUGUGUUUUGCUACAAAUUCCUCGGUGGCAAACAAGUCUCACUCUACCUCUUACAGCACGAUAAGAGCAUCAGUCGCGGCGCUGAUACUGGUCUAGUCUAAACCAAAUGGGCACAAGAGAACAGGAAAAAUAAAAAACCCAAAGUCGAAGCUCAUACAGCUGCAAAACCAUAUCACUACUUGGUAACAAUGCAGACCUCAUAAAUAAAUGAAACAUAAAUGAAUAGAAAUGAGAAAAAAAAAAAAAACUUUUGUUAUGUUCCUUUAUGCCUGUGGCGUUUCUAGAGUACAUCAAGAGUUUGAAUUGUUUGAACAGAUUUUAAAAAUUGUGCUAAUUUUAAAGAAAAGUGUUGUCGAUUCCUAUUUCGAUAACACAAGCUAAGGUCACAGACAAGAAAUGUUGUUUCUCUCUCGCUCUUUUUUCUCUCCUGUUUCCCCUCCACUUUUUUCUCCUCUUCUCUUCUCUGUUGUGAAGACACGCUAAAGUGCUUGUCAACUUGUCAGCGGGGGUUAAAUAAAAAAAGGGGGGGGAUAUACAAAGGCAAAGCUUGUAAAAUCUGAAAUAAAAAAAUGAAGGCUAUGAAUUUAGGCAUGCCUGUUUUUCACAAUAGGAGGGAAAUGUUAUUUAAAUUUCCUACUUAUCAAGAAAUGCUGGGGAAAUGUGUGGGGCCAACAGUGAACAGCGAAGGCCGUAGCAUUAAUCUGGGGGAGUGAGUUGAACUUCAGGGGUGGGAGGGUAUUUUUUUUGCGUUCUCUUGAGAAAAUUUAUUGUGGAAAAAAAAAGAGCUCAAAUGAUUUGAAGUUGUUGUGCAAUACUUAAUUGAGACAUGAAAACCACAGGUUAGUGGUAGGCUGACACUGGGCGGUCUUUCCAUCGCCUAGAGUCAGUGUCCUCUAGAGAGCUUUCCAGUCUACUAUGUCAGAACUGUGGUUUCUUGUUGAUUUUUUUUUUCCUUUUUGUUUCUUUUUUAAAAAUUCUUUUUUUGGGCUGUAAACUAUGGUCUGUCAGUCUGUGAAACUUUGCAGUAUAAUUCUGGUAUUGUUGUUCUCUUAACUGUGUAAUAAAUAUGUUAAUACCUGC